CAUAAUAAUUCAUUCUUAAUUUCAGGGUUUUUGUCUUAAUUUCAUUUAAUUCUUGUGUUUUUUUUUUGGUUAUCAAUUAAUUAAAUCAAAUGGAAACAAGUGUUGUCGAUACAAAUACUGGUAGUACAGAUUCUGAUCCAUUUGAUAAUAAUAAUGUUAAUAUCAAUAAUAUUGCAAUUUCAUCAUCAUUAAGCCCUAGCAGUAGAAUGAUAAGUAGUAGAACGACGUCGUUUGAUGUUAUUAGAUUCUUACAAGCACCUGUUACUACUAUUUUGGAAUAUUCCGGUGUCCUAAGACCACCACCACCACCGAGGUCGAAUAUUAACGAUUUUAAUGAAUCAGAGGCUAGUUUGAUUCAUGAUCACGAGGUUCGUGAUUCGAAUAGUGUCACGACUAGUGGUGAUCAAAAUGGUGAGGUGUCUAUUAGGAUAACUGGUUCUCCGGAUUCUGGAGAAGAUGGCGGUGGGCCGGUUGGUGGGCCAGAGGUGGCGGACUCGAGUGAUGUAGAUGGUGGGAAUGGGGAAAGUGGGAGUCAUAGUGAUUCGUCUUAUCAACAACGGUACGAUAUGCAGCAGGUUUCUAGAUGGGUUGAGCAGAUUCUUCCGUUUUCGUUACUCUUGUUAAUUGUCUUCAUUCGCCAGCAUUUGCAAGGUUUCUUUGUCACGAUCUAUGUAACUGCCUUCAUGUACAAGUCUAAUGAUAUUCUCCGAAAGCAGACAGCUUUAAAGGGGGAGAGAAGACUGUCUGUUCUUGGUGGUUAUUAUAUUGUUUUUGUGCUUCAUGUGAUUGGAGUAUACUGGUGGUACCAAAAUGAUGAUCUUUGCUACCCGUUAUUCAUGGUUCCGCCAAAAGUAAUACCGCCAUUCUGGCAUGCUAUUUUCACCAUCCUUGUGAACGAUACAAUGGUGCGGCAGGCAGCAAUGGCUUUUAAGUUGGUGUUGCUUAUGUAUUAUAGGAAUGGCAAGGGCCAUAAUUUCCGUAGGCAGGGUCAAAUGCUGACUCUGGUCGAGUAUGGGCUGCUGUUGUACCGUGCAUUCUUACCUGCUCCAGUCUGGUACCGGUUCUUUCUAAAUAAAGAAUAUGGGAGUCUCUUUUCGUCUUUGACAACAGGGUUAUAUUUAACUUUCAAGCUUACAUCCAUUGUUGAGAAGGUUGGAUCUUUCUGGACCGCAAUGAAGGCGUUAUCACGAAAGGAUGUCCAUUACGGAUCCUAUGCAACACCAGAACAGGUUCUUGAAGCUGGAGACUUGUGUGCUAUUUGCCAAGAAAAAAUGCAAGCUCCAGUGUUAUUACGCUGUAAACACAUCUUCUGUGAAGAUUGUGUUUCAGAAUGGUUCGAAAGAGAAAGAACAUGCCCUUUAUGCAGAGCUGUGGUGAAACCAGCAGAUUUACGUUCAUUUGCAGAUGGAUCCACGAGCCUGUUCUUCCAGUUAUUUGUUGCUUUGGUGACCAUUGGAUCUUUCUCUAUGAGUUUGGAUUUUUCAUCAUUGCAAGGAGGAUUUCAACAAUCAGAGUUUGCAGCGUUUGACUCUUUAAUGGAUGCUAUGUAUGACCCAUCCAGUAAUUCAAAUUUGGAGAUUGAUGAGAAUGAUAUAGAUUUACUAUCAGUGUCGUGGAAUCAGGAUUAUGGCUGUUUUGCCGCUGGUACAAACCAUGGUUUUCGUAUAUAUAACUGUGACCCUUUUAAAGAAACCUUUAGACGUGAUCUCAAAAGUGGGGGAUUUGGGAUAAUUGAGAUGCUUUUUCGAAGCAAUAUUCUUGCACUUGUUGGUGGUAAAGGUAAUACACAGUAUCCUCCUAAUAAAGUAAUAAUUUGGGAUGAUCAUCAGAGUCGGUGCAUUGGUGAAUUUUCAUUUAGGUCAGAUGUUAGAGCGGUAAAAUUAAGACGCGAUCGCAUUGUUGUUGUUCUUGAACAUAAGAUAUAUGUUUAUAAUUUUAUGGAUCUGAAGCUUCUACAUCAGAUAGAGACCAUAGCAAAUCCUAGAGGACUUUGUUGCUUAUCGCACCAGGUAAAUACAUCUGUGUUGGCUUGCCCUGGUCUAAGGCGAGGACAAGUUAGGGUUGAACAUUUUGGACUAAAUAUGACAAAGUUGAUCAAUGCUCAUGAUUCUCGUAUAUCAUGCUUAACCAUGACAAUGGAUGGGCUUCUUCUUGCCACUGCCAGCACAAAGGGGACACUGAUUAGAAUUUUCAACACCAUGGAUGGAACUCGAUUACAAGAGGUACGCAGGGGAGUGGAUAGAGCUGAUAUAUACGGUAUUUCUCUUUCAUCAAAUGUCCAAUGGUUGGCUGUGUCAAGUGACAAAGGGACUGUGCAUAUAUUUAGUCUCAGAGUACGGGUGGGCAGUGAGGAUUCAUCCACUCAAUCUACAGCUAGCCAUACUCCAUCACUAUCACAUCAGAAUUCUUCAUCUUCCCUUGAUGGCCUCAUUUCUCCUAGUGCUGCGGGAGCCAAUCCUGGUUCUUCGCUAUCUUUCAUGAAAGGGGUGCUCCCAAAAUAUUUUAGCUCCGAAUGGUCAUUCGCUCAGUUUCACUUGCCUGAAUGCACCCAGUACAUGUCUGCAUUUGGAUCACAGAACUCAUUGAUUAUUGUCGGCAUGGAUGGAAGUUUCUACAGGUGCAUAUUUGAUCCAGUUAAUGGAGGAGAGAUGGUACAACAUGAGUACGUACGAUUCCUGAAAACUGAACGGAAGCUUAGAUAAGAGCCUUCUCCCUUUCAAAUGUGAAUUCCUUUACCAUGUGUAUAUCAUCACUUACCUUUCUCUAAAUAAGGACUUUGAGCUUCCAGAUAGUUAUCUGUCUUGAUCUAUUGGCCUUAAAUCUUCAUAUCUCGUAAGAGAAUAAAACAAUAAUUAUAACAAUUGUAGCAGAAAGCACUGGGUGAAACAUGUUCGCUAUAGUGUCGUAGGGGUGGUUAACAGGAUUGCAGCAAGUUGUUAUUUGUGAAUUGUGAAUAUUGUGUACUUUGUGUUACAUACAAGACAAUAUUCAUUUUGCUGCAUAUCUAAUUUGUGGAGAUGUUGGUCUGGUAACAGUCACAUUUAUGUACAUUAUAAACUAGUGCUACUUAAGCAUAGCUUCUAUUAUUUAUUUCUUAAUUUUUUUUGGUGAUAUUAGUAA